UUGAAAAGCAAUGAAUGAGUGCAGCUACCGUGGCAGGUAAACACGGCUUGUUCCGUUCACUACGAUGCUAAGCUUAAGGACACUUAUCGUUUUCAUAUGUGUACUCGCUGGUUAUUUUAUAACAGUUGAAUGCCGGAAUGUCGUAGAAGAUUCAUAUAAAAACAGUCCAGAUAUUAAUCGUAAAAAACCACUACACUCACACUCUGGUAUUACCAAUUGGUUAAAAAAUCUUCUAACGAAAGUAAAACUGAAAAAAAUACGAAAACCAAAUGCAAUAAAGGCAUUAAUAGCAAAACUAAUAAAGAACGAAAAAGGCAAUAAAAAACUAUUCUCAAAACGCAAUUUGCGCAAUGGUAUAGAAGUUCAAGAAUUUUUACAUAAGCUAAAUAACUUUAUUAACCAAAAUACGCACAAUGCGUACUAUGAGAAACGCAGCGAUUGUAAUUUUGGCUUCGGUAACCCUUCGAAAGCAUGCAAGAGACAUAAGUCCAGACGAAACGCGGUGAGAAAAUCGAAAAAAACUCGAAAUAACAAAGAAAAAGAUUAUAAUAAUUACGCGCAACACUUGGUUAUAGAAAGAGCGAGAUCUUCAUCAAGUUCAAGUGAAAACGAGACACCGGUUGGAAGACAAAAGUCUCGCUUUAGGAUUGUUGAUAAUAAACGUAAAAAAGUAAUUAAACAGAGUUCAGAAUCUGAAGACCAAUCGAGAGAAGCAUAUUCAGACGAAUCUGAUGAUAACCCAAAUGAAUCUUAUGAAAAACCAAAUGAAUCUUAUGAAAAACCAAAUUCAUUUGAACAUUCGAAUUUUGAUGAAGAUACAGACGCUACCGUUGAAAACAAUAAACAGACGGCAAAAUCUGAUGAAAGCUCAAAUGAAAAUACAGAACGAGAGUCAUCUGUAAAACAUCCUGACGCUAAAUAUAUGUAUUUGCAAGGCACUAGAUUACAAAGACCUGAUCUCAGGACAGGCCGAGGAUUUAAAAGUGCUAGGAGACAGGAUAGAUUACCAUACUUUUUACCAAAGCGAUACAAAUGGGAAAAAGGCAUGCUUCAUAAUUUAGACACUUACUGGAAAGUUGGGAUUAACUCAUAUGACACAAACAAUAAGUAUCCUCAUAUAUGGUAA